UUAAUUAUUUAAUAUUUAAUAAUAAUUUAGAUUUUAGUUAGAUUAUACAUAUUAUUCAAAUUAACAAUAUAUUUAAGACUUAAUUGUUAUCGUAUGAUAGAUCAUUAAUCAUUGAAUCACGUUUAUUACGUAAACAAGAAGAAAAAUCAUCGCAUGCAAUGUGUUCCAUCAGAGAUUUUUUCCCUAUUGAUUAUAGAGUCAGUGGAGCCAAACCCAGGAAAAAUUUUAUUCUAGAGAAUAAGAGAUAUGUGACUAAAUUAGGAAAAGACACCCAAACGUCAAAAGAAAAUGUAAAACCAUCAAACAAAUUACCAUGCACCAAUAUUCAGAAUUUCAAAUUGAGACAAGGAACAAAUAAAGAAACCAACCCAGAAAACUCAAAAAGGAAAAUAAAAUCUAUAGACUUGGAUCAAAUUGAUGCUAGUAUUAAAUCAAUUCGUUCUGCAAUAGCUCAAACAAAGAUUACACAAAAAAAAUUAGGAAUCAAAAAUAUCGAAAAUGUAUUGUUGACUUUUAGAGAUCAAGCUACACAAACAGUAAAUCCAUAUGAAGAAGAAGGUAAAUUAAAUAAUAAUAUUAUCAGAAAUCCAAUAUUACAGACUUCAGAUAUGGCUAAAACCAUUCAAACAAAACACAUGAACACCAUUUCUGUAUCAACUGAAAACUCCGAAUCAGAGUAUUCUAAUGUUAUGUCUAGAAAAAAUGUUAAUUCUGUACAUCAACAGGAUGACAAUAAUUCCAAAAGAAAACAACAACAUUUAGUUGGACUUAAAGAAAACAUAAUGGGUCAUCAUCAACCUGGGGAAAUACCAAAAUACCUGAAAGAUCGUAAAGCACUGAAAGAAAAAAAUGAGAAAGAAGUACAAAAGAAAUUGGCAAUUAGGCGUGCAUUGGGUCUUGAUGAUCCAGCAUGUCCUCCAGGUCAUGUAUUAUUACCAGAACCUGAGCGUCUGGAACAUCUAGCUAAAAUAAAAAAAGAUUAUAAUCAAUUGGUAUUGCAAUUGAAUAUGUUGCCUGUCGGUUCAGAUUCAUAUAAGAUGAAAGAAAAACGUAAACGCAUAGAAAAAGAAUUGGAUCAAGUACAACUAGGUAUUAAAUUAUUUUCUAAAGAGAAAUUGUAUGUUAAAAUCAAUCAAAAAAUGGCUGAUUCUUACAAAUAAUUAAUACAAUACUAUAAAAUUAAUAAGGCCAAUAACUAGUGUGUUAAUGCAUUUCAGAGCAAUGUAUUUGUAAAAAUAUUAAUUGUGAGUUAAACGGUUGAAUUAUUUUUAAGAAAUAUGUAUUAUAGUUUAUUUACUAAUUAUUACUUACUC